GCUUGAGUGCAUACACAUUACUCUGAACAUAUAACCCUAACUUUUGAACAGCAGGAUAUGUCGUGACGGUCGGAAUUCUCCCGCAAUGAAUGCGGAUGCGCAGAAAUCUCUCGCGACCCGUCCUCGCGUCCUUCGCCAGCGUUCCCAAAGUGCUGUGACCAAAGUUUCUCCGCUCGCCGAUGCCUUGACAGCAGCUGAUUCAGACGCCUCUAAGAAAUCGUCAGUGAAACACCGACACGCGCACUCGCAUCAUCAUAUUCCACACCACCCAAAGCGCUUUGCAAAAGAUUUCUUGGGACUUCAGAAUGGUCAUUCCUUCACUGAGCUUUCCAAGCAGAGCAGCAGGGUUUCCGUCGCCCCGGAACAAGUCGCCUCGACCGGGAACAAAGAGUUGAACGAUAGUAGGAAAGGGAGUAUUGCUGGCAACAAUGUGGACGGCACGGUUGUGCUCACUGUGGACAAUGGAAUUUCUGGCGAGGAGGCAGAGAGACUGUUCUUGCAGGAGUACUGGAAGAACAAGGCGAGAGAAAGCGAGCUAAAAUCCACACUACAUAAUCUCUCGGAAGAGAGCCUAAAAACAACGCGGCGCUUAGACGACUUAUAUUAUGAUCUCCUGGAGAGAGUGGCCAAUUUGCAAUCAACGAUAAGCAAUCUUCAGGAACUGUCCAAUCUCACUGCACAGCUUCACAAACAAUUCCGCAAAGAGACCGACGAACUCACAAGCGAUCUUCAGAAGCAGAUUGACGGCUUUGAAGGCUUCAAGACGCAGCAACGUACAAUCGACACGCUUGAUACACGUGUAAGAGAAAGCAAACGGAAAGCCGACAAGUUGAGCGAGAGACUGGAGGCUGCAAGGGAAAAGGUCUCCGUACUGGAGGUGCAAGAGAAGGAGUGGCAAGACUCAGUGAAUUGGCGUCUGCGCUGGAUGUACAUCAUCUUGGGCACCGUCGUCGGCACAAUACUUGCAGUUUGUUCUUUGCCAUACAUGGGCUACGGACUGGGCGACGCGAUCAAGCAUCCAUCCGUGGAAAAUCAAGGUAAUCUAGCAGCGAAGUCAUUGGAAAGUCUAACGACCGUUCCGACGUCCGUGAAGAGCAUGAUUGAAGAUGCGAUCGGGACUCAAAUCAACACACGUGCGGGACCGGUUACAUUCGAUGCACUAAAAGGCAGCAAUAACACUGCAUUACUGAGCAGAACCUCGAAGCCACCGGAGUCAACUUCUCCGGCAAAACAGGACGCCCUGCUACGCAUUUUCGACGAACUGUAAAGGCUCUAUACAGCUAAAAUGCUCGAGUUAGAGGAAAUACAAGCAUUUUCAACGUUGUUAGUCGUACGCGUGUUCAUUGUCCAUCAAGGCAUACACCUUCGCCCAAGGGACUAAGCACUCAUGACUUCUUCAAACCUUUCUUAAACACUGGACUCUGCAAAGCUUUUUCCCAGUCAUGCAGCAUUUCAGUGUUCGCGGUUCCCAUUCGCACUUCAGUACCUGCACGAUUUUUCAUCUCAGCUUCGUACUCUGCGAUGGCCUGGGCCUGCUCAUCGUCAUUGCUCCAGAACUUCUUUACUGCCUCAACCAACUUGACAGCAUCAUUGAUUGAAUGAUUAAGACCCUGUCCACGUUGAUAAGUCAUCACAUGAGCCGCAUCGCCCGCCAGUGUCGUCCUGCCUCCUUUGCUAUCCCAAGCGUGUCCAGGCGCAGCAGGAUCCCAGUCAGUAAUGGCCAUGAACCACAAGGGAUGAUCAUCCGGCAGCCAUUCAUAUGCUGACUUCCAAGGGUCAGCGAAAUGCUUAGCCAAAGAUCGGAUGUGCGCCAUGAGUUGAGGUUGAGUCCACGACGUCAUCUGCUCCUGCUCCUCUAGCGUCAGUUUAAAGGAUAUGUAGAAAAAGAAGAGCCACGUUUCCGGUGCAUCUGCGUCGGAACCGUCUUGCAUCCCAAAGAAGGAGAAACAUCCGAGGGGAUGAACGCCG